AACGGCUCCGGCAGUACCGGGGGGUGAACCAUCUUGGCUCCGUUUCUCUCUGUCAGUCACUGUCCUGUACCGGAGAUGCCAAGAUGGCUGCUAGCAACUACUUCGGCUUCACACAUGGUGCCGGUCCGCAAUACAGCACCCAGCCUCCCCCGGCCUACUCCCAUCCCUCCACCGCCAGCUACAGCGUCCAGCAGGCUCCGGCCGUGGCUCACGCAGUGACGGCCUCCUACUCCCCAGCUCCGGUCCAGGCGGCCCGACCCGUUGCCUCUGCCUCUUAUCCGGCGUACCAGAGCCACCAGGCACCUCCAGACUACACCUACAGGCAGCCGGACCCCCCGCAGCCCACCACCACCCCUCAGACGUACCAGGUAUACUCGGACACGCAGGACAACUACAGCUACGGACGUCCUGCCGCCGUGACCACGUACGACAACAAGCAGUACUACCAGACGAGUAUAGCUCCGGCUCAGAGGACGCCGACAGACAACUACUACCAGACCGUGGGAGUGAAGAGCGCUUACAGUCCAGCUCCCUCCACCGUGUACAACCAGCCUCCUCCUCCUCAGAGGCAGGUGACCGCCCUCAAACCUCUGGCGCCCUCCAGCUCCGUGUCCACCAGCUACAACAUCUACCCGGUGUCCACCAGCGUCCAGCAGCCUCCCACGCCCAUCUCGUCCUACACCCUCGGCACCUCGUUCAGCUCCGCCGCUUCGGCCACGUCCUACUCAGGCAUCAGCUACUCCAGUUAUGAUUCAAUCGGCUACUGCUCCGCAUCCACCCCCUCCUAUUACCAGCCGGCUCAGCAGACCCUGUCCCAGCCGCAGCCUCCGCCGCAGCAGUCGCAGCAGCAGCAGCAGCCGCAACAGCAGCAGCAGCAGCAGCAGCAGCCGCAGCCUCCCAUCCAGCCGCCACCCAAGCAGCUGACCAGCUCGUCCUGGAGCAACUCGGGCAGCAACAUGGUGACGGCUCCGACCGGAAACACGUACAAAAAGCCCACGUUUCACCAGAACAAGCUGCAGAAGCCCAAAGGGCCUCCCAAGCAGCCGCAGCUUCAUUACUGUGACAUUUGCAAGAUCAGCUGUGCAGGCCCUCAGACGUAUCGUGAGCACCUCGAAGGCCAGAAGCACAAGAAAAAAGAAGCGGCCCUAAAGUCCGGGGGUCAGACGGGGACCAGCAACGGGCCCAGAGGGGUCCAGACUCAGUUACGCUGUGAGCUAUGUGACGUCUCCUGCACCGGAGUCGAUGCCUACGCUGCUCAUAUCCGCGGGGCCAAACACCAAAAGGUGGUGAAACUUCACACCAAGCUUGGCAAACCCAUACCUUCCACCGAGCCAGUGUUGGUGAAUUCUGCUCCAGUUGUCACAACCUCGACAGCUGGGAAACCUCCAGUCACCUCCUCCUCAUCCUCCUCCUCCUCCUCCUCCUCCUCCUCGACUCCUGCUUCGGUCUCAACCACCUCGACUGCUGCUGUAACAUCCAAACAAGUUCCUGUGAACGCUGCGGCUAAAACAGCUCCGCCGAUCAAGAAACCAGCUCCUUCCAAAAUAACUGUCAUUUCCAACAAGCCGACCAGUGCUCCAGCUGCACCUCCAGCUGCAGCGACGUCGGCGCCGGUGGUGGUGGCGGCGGCAGCAAAGCUGGAGGAGCCCACGCAGCCGUCGAUCCAGAAGAUGGAGCCUCAGAGCGAGGACGAGGACGGCGACAGAGCCGGAGGGCAGGGGGACAUCCAGCCGGUGGGACAUGACUACGUGGAGGAGGUCCGUAACGAUGAUGGAAAAGUGAUCCGGUUCCACUGUAAGCUGUGCGAGUGCAGCUUCAACGACCCCAACGCUAAAGACAUGCACCUGAAGGGACGAAGGCACAGGCUGCAGUACAAGAAGAAAGUGAACCCAGAGCUUCCCGUGGAGAUCAAGCCCAGCAACCGAGCCAGGAAGCUGCAGGAGAGCAAGCUGAAGAAGCAGAAGCAGAAGGCGGUGCUGAAGAGGCAGCGAGACGACGAGCAGCGCUGGCACAUGGAGAUGAGCCGGCGCUAUGAGGAGGACAUGUACUGGAGGAGGAUGGAGGAGGAGCAGAUGUACUGGGGGGAGCAGAGGCGCAGGAUGGCGCCUCCGCCUCUGAUGAGCCGCCCCGGCAUGCCGGUGCCCCCCCUACUGUCCUGUGUGCGUCGGCCCGACUCCCCCGACGACCGCCACAUCAUGGCCAAGCACUCGACCAUCUACCCGGUGGAGGAGGAGCUGCAGGCGGUCCAGAGGAUCGUCUCCCACUCGGAGAGAGCUCUCAAGCUGGUGUCGGACUCCCUGCUGGAGAAGGAGACGCCGGCCGAUGCCGUUGCUGCUCCCGCUCCCGCUCCCACUCCUACUCCUCCUGCCGAUGCCGAUGCCGAUGCUGCCGCUGCUGAUGCCGCUGCUGAUACCGAAGGCGGAGAAGAAAAAGGCGUUGAGAACUCAGCCCGGCUGCUGAAAGGCGUGAUGCGGGUCGGCAUCCUGGCCAAAGGUCUUCUGCUCCGUGGGGACAGAAACGUGGAGCUCAUCCUGCUGACGGCGAAGAAGCCCACCAUCUCGUUGCUGAAGAGCAUCGCCAAGCAGCUGCCCAAGGAGCUGGCGACAUUUUCUGAAGAUCAGUAUGAGGUGCAGGCUCACCCCGAGGAGGCGAACAUCGUCAUAUUUUCAAGCAAGGAGCCCAAAAUGCAGGUGACGAUUUCUCUCACCUCGCCGCUGAUGAGGGAGGACCCUGCCGCUGCUGAGAAGGACAAGCAGGCAGCAGGAAAAGCGGCUGAGAAAGGUGUGGCUGAGAAAGAUCCUCCUGAUCUCCUGAAUAAGAGGAAAUGUCUGGAGUAUCUGGCUGCUCUGCGUCACGCCAAAUGGUUUCAGGCUCGUGCGAACGGCCUGCAGUCCUGCGUGAUCAUCAUCCGAGUGCUGAGAGAUUUAUGUCAGCGGGUUCCUACGUGGGGGAAGAUGCCCUGCUGGGCGAUGGAGCUGCUGGUGGAGAAGGUGAUCAGCAGCGCCACAGGUCCGCUCAGUCCAGGAGAAGCCAUGCGCAGAGUCCUGGAGUGCAUCUCCACAGGCAUCCUGCUGCCAGACGGACCGGGUCUGAUGGAUCCGUGUGAGAAGGAGCCGACGGACGCCCUGGAGAGCAUGGUGCUUCAGGCCCGGGAGGACAUAACCGCCAGCGCUCAGCACGCCCUGCGGCUGCUCGCCUUCCGUCAGAUCCACAAGGUCCUGGGCAUGGAGUCGCUGCCGGCGUCCAAAGCCAGCGCCCGCAACCGCAAACGGCGACGGGACGUGAGCGACACGGGCGAGGGCGAAGGCGAGGGCAAGAAGGACAAGAAGGAGGAGGCGGCGAGCGCUUGACCUCCGCCUCGGCGGCGGGGCGUUUGCUAGUUUAGAGACUGGUAGAAUGUCACAAAUUUAAACUUUUUCUUAUCUUGGAAACAAUCUUAACACGCAGCUAUACACAUAUGAAUAUAACUUUGACUCUACAUGUUACAUGUCGACCCUUGAACUGAGACGAGGAGGAGGAGGCUAGGGACUGAAGUUUGAGGAUCUGUACUGCAAUUCCUUCUCCCGUAUAGUGAUUUCAUGCAGGUGUAGUGUAUCUUACAGUGUGCAGAGUAAAUCAGUAAAACAACCAGAACCAGAACCAUGACUAUUACCGACUGCAUCAUUCCAUUCCAGUAUCGCGGCACACUAACUACUGACCAUCCCUCUCUCGUUUAUUCACACUGCAGGCGUGUUGUUGUCUGUGAUGUUAAAGGCUCCGGUGCAGUUUAAAAAGGCUGAACUCUGCUGCUCCUCAGGCCAGUUCGGUUUGACCAACCCGACUCUAAUGAACGAACGGCCGGCGGCGGCUUCGGAGGAGGCCGCAGAACCGCCGCUACGUUCACUGUGCCUAAAGGUGACAGAAGCGACUCUCGCUGUCGAGCUUCCUGUGGGGAGAUUAGACUCCAACCAAAGGCCCCGAAAACAAACUAAAAAUAACUUCCCCUCGAAUACGUGUCACAAAUAAAAACCCGACUAACUCUGCAAAACUUGUGCAACAUCCCCCACCGGGUUUUGUGCGGAGGCCACGCCGGAGAGUGAAUGUGAGGAGAGGCGUCUUGUAUUGCACAGUAGCAUGCUGAGGGAAUGAAGCACUUAAGAGAUGACAAUGUAUGCAGCCAUAGUUUUAUCAUUUAAAGAAUAUGCCUAGUAAACUUUAUUUUGUUUUUUCUUCUUCCAGAGUGUGGUUAGAGGAGGAGGAGGAGAGAAGCUUUAGAAAUAAGACUGAAUAUCUACUGUAACGAUCAAACUGUCCCGGUCCUUGUCGGCUUUCUUCCUUGUGCCUGCGACGUGUGGUGUGUUACAGAGGACUGAGUUUCUGUCUGCUUAGUACUGUAUUCAUCUGAUUUCACAAGGAAGGGACUGUUGCACAACUCCGGCUUGAAAAGUUGAUGUGAGAGAAUUAUUGUGCAUUAUUUUAGUUUCGUAUUCAUUUAAGAGCCUCAUAUAUAUAUACAUAUAUAUAUAUGACUAAUUUUAUUUCCGAAGGAUGUCGCAGUCUGUUUUGUAUCGUUUCGACGAGGAAGUGUGAACGUUUGCUGUCCUAUUAUUUGAAUGUCUUUGUAGUGUUGCCUAAAACUAAGGGGGAGAUAUUAAAAACGACAACAGACACUUUUAAGCCA